AUGUACUCCUCAGCACCACCUGUCCCUCCUCCGAAACCCCUAAACGACCCAAACCGCGUCUCUCCGCCGACAACCACAAACUCUCCUCGCCCACCACCUCCCAUCCCCACAGACGCCUCGUCCAGCUUGCCAGAAGCCGCCUUCGCGGGCACAACUACGAGUAGUGGCACCGUACAAGCCCAAGUCUCGCCUCCGCAGUCCAUCCCGGACCCAGGCCCGCAAUGGCUCCCCAAGGUCCUCGAAGAUAAAUCAAAACAAGACCUCGCCGCAAUCCUCUCCUCCCAGCCCCUCCUCCAGGCCCUGACCCACAGCCCCGACACGGCGCACCCCUCCCUCUCGGCCGCCGAGGCCGCCCUGCACGCCGCCCUCGCCGACAACGUCCGCCUGGCCGCGCACCUCCGCGACGACGCCGAGCCGCGGCUCGCCGCCCAGCGCGCCCAGGCCCAGGCCCAGCUCCUCGCCGCGCGCCAGCUCGAGCGCGCCUGGCGCGCCAAGCAGGGCGAGAUGGACGCCGCGCUGGCGCCCUUCGCCCCCGCGAGCCUGUACCAGCGGCUCGUGGCGGGCGUGCAGGAGCAGGCCAUGGUGUGCGAGGCGCUCGAGGAGAGCUUCCUCGAGCACGGCGGCGGCGGCGGCGGCGGCGGUCACGUUCACGGCCAGGAGGACGGGGCCGGUGGUGGUGGCGGUGGCGGCACGGCGGCGAUGGCGACGGAGCGCGAGGCGGCGGACUGGGUGCGGCGGUAUCGCGAGGCCAAGAAGCUGUACUACCUGCGGCAGGAGAGGAAAGAGAGGUGGGAUGAGGGCAGGGUGGGCGGGUGGAGAUGA